GGGGCAGUGCCGCCGGGCCUCGUGGGGUGCAAGGCCCGCUCGUUGCUGUCCCCGGACCCCGCCGCCUACCCAGCCCCUGCCCCGGGGCGGAACGGAAGGAAGGUCAAGCCCGGACGCCCCACCCCGUCCCUCCUCGCCCCGGGGCGGUCGCUGGGGUCGUGGGUGGCUCCCUUUAGAGCCAACUUCAGCCACGUGCAGCCUCCAUGGCGGCCACGCAGGUACCGGGGGAGAAGAUUAGCAUCCAUACGGGAGAAACGGCCAAGGCGGGGGACAGAGACCCGUUCGGUAACGACUGCCCCGGGCAGGACAGGCCCCCCCAGCGCUCCUGGAGGCAGAAGUGCGCCUCCUACGUGUUGGCCCUGCGGCCCUGGAGCUUCAGUGCCUCACUCACCCCAGUGGCCCUGGGCAGUGCCCUGGCCUACAGAUCCCAGGGUGACCUGGAUCCCAGGCUACUGGUGGGUUGUGCCGUGGCUGUCCUGGCUGUGCACGGGGCUGGCAAUUUGGUCAACACUUACUAUGACUUUUCCAAGGGCAUUGACCACAAAAAGAGUGAUGAUAGGACUCUGGUGGACCGAAUCUUAGAGCCCCAGGAUGUUGUCCGGUUUGGAGUCUUCCUUUACACCUUGGGCUGUGUCUGUGCAGCUUGCCUCUACUACCUGUCUCCUCUGAAGUUGGAACACUUAGCUCUCAUCUACUUUGGAGGCCUGUCUGGCUCUUUUCUCUACACAGGAGGAAUUGGCUUCAAGUACGUGGCUCUGGGAGACCUCGUCAUCCUCAUCACUUUUGGUCCACUGGCUGUGAUGUUCGCCUACGCCGUCCAAGUGGGGUCCCUAGCGGUCUUCCCCCUGGUCUACGCCAUCCCCCUUGCCCUUAGCACUGAGGCCAUCCUCCAUUCGAACAACACCAGGGACAUGGAGUCCGACCAGGAGGCUGGCAUCGUCACGCUGGCCAUCCUCAUCGGCCCCACCCUCUCCUACGUGCUCUACACCACGCUGCUCUUCCUGCCCUACCUCAUCUUCAGCAUUUUGGCCACACGCUGCAGCAUCAGCCUAGCCCUCCCCUUGCUCACCAUUCCCAUGGCCUUUUCCCUUGAGAGACAGUUCCGAAGCCAGGCCUUCAACAAACUGCCUCAGAGGACUGCCAAACUCAACCUCCUGCUGGGACUUUUCUAUGUCUUUGGCAUCAUCCUGGCACCAGUGGGCAGCCUGCCCAGACUUUAAGAGGACCAGUUACUCCUCCCACAGUGUGUCUCCCUUUCCUGAAAUGUAUCGAAGUCAGAAUACCCCAGAAGGGAAUGUGAUUUGGCAGUGAGGUUCCAAGGAAUGGAUUGUGGGUUGUGAACUCCUGCUUUUUAUUUUUUAUUAUUAUCUUCUUAAAGAUGCCUGCUGAGUUUUUCCAUUUUAUGGGGAAUCCUGAAACCACUCCGGUGUCUGAAGAAGGUGAAUUGGAUGUACAGUCUGUCUUUUAUUUAUAAUUUCCACUAGAGGGUGUUGUCAGGUCACUUUAAAUUAGACUGAGUUUCCCCUCAUUCUGUUUAGAAUGUCCCAAGUCUUUGUGAAGGAGCUGCCGGCUUGGCCUCCUGUCCUGAAAGCCGUAGUAUAAUCAGGCAAAGUGUCCUAUUGUUAACUUGGUCUUGACUGGUGUAAUGACUGUUGUCAGGCCCCAUUAGCAUAGGGAGCACCUGUCUCUUACUCUCAGCCAUUGGGUCCUGAAAUACGCUGCUUGAGUGAGAGAGUCCCUCAUUAACAGCCUAGUGUGGCUCCCAGCUUUAUGCCGCAGUUAUGAUUCGGAAGCUUUUGCGCUUCAUCUCUUCUCUUACUCAUUGCCACAGUUGAAGGAAAGUGUCAGAUCACCCUGCAGCAAGACAAUUAAGCCAGGGACUGGGAGGAAGAAAAAAAAACUGCACCCUGGUGGCAGCUGAGAAAAUCACUCUGCUUUUGGAUAGAAAUUGGUAGGAUGGCUAUUUUCCUUUUGUGGAAUCUAUAAGAACAACAGGAAGGAAUCCCAGCCCUUUCAAUAACUCUUAGGAACUUUGAAGUUGUAGCAGCACUGCUAUCCUAGUGGGCUAAUUUAAAGCCCAUAGGGCUUUUUUUCUUCUAGAUCACCUCUCUUGAUGCCCCCCUGUGCCUACCCUCCAUUUCUGUUGGGUCCCCAUUUUUGUGUCCCCCUUGGGGCAAGGGGUAGUGUAUGGAACCAGACUACUUGAGCAGCAGCUCAGCAGCUGAGUCAGGGGCAGCUGCCACUUUUCACAGAGCCAGAGGAUAAGCAGACCAGGGACAUCAGCGCUCCUGAUGAACGCAUUAGCCAGUGAAGUCCUGGGCCCUGUUCAGCCAGAAUGACAGGCCUGGCCAGUGAAGGAACUUUGUUUUCAUCCUUGAAGACAGGUGUGCAGUAUUGACCCUGCCACUCCAGAGGCUUCAGUUGCCUGGUGCAGAGAUAGUCGAGGGCUUCAGUGAGGUCACACCAAGAAUGGGGAAUUCCAACAUUGAUCGAAGCUGCUUUUAAUUUCAUUGCCUGUGAAAUAUAAUUUCUGGGCUAGAAUUGCCCAGUGGCAUUUGGUCCAAGACUGAAGUAGAUUGAGAUCAUCAUUAUAUAUUUCUGUUGAGAUUAUAGCUGUUGCAAUAGGUAUUUCAAGGUCUUGACCUGCAGAAAAUGACAUAAGAACUACUUUUUAAUCAUUAAGCUCAAGCUACUUAUGAUUUGGCUACUUGAAUUAGAAUUUGGUCAGCUUACUUAGAAAAAGCAUAUUUGGAAAUUACAAGUUUCUCUGAAGUUAAAGGUGGUCUGUCUAGCAGAGAUCCAGAGUCCUUUAAUAGUUACCAGAGCCCAGGAACAAGGGAAAGGAAAAUGGUUCUUUCUCCUGCCUUGCUUCCCAGCACCGUUUUUGUUCUAUGCCAUGCUUGUGGCAUCUUGGUGCUCACAAGGGCCCUGCCUUCAAAGACAAGCUCUCCUCAGAGCAGGCUGUUCUCACAUCGGUCUCACACAUGAGGCUGUGGAACCAAGAGCCCCCUGAGUCCACAGGACAGACCUGCCUUUGUAGCUGCUCUCAUCAGGGUCAUCAGUUGGCCACACACUGUGUUCUAGUGCAGAUUUUAAUGCAUAUUUUUGUAUAUACAUGUUCCCCGAAGGCCAGAUUUGGUGCCAGGUUUUAUAUGCAGGUCACCACAAUUUGUAUUACAUCCCCUGACUCAACGAAGGUUUUCUUUAGACUUGUUAAUAAAAAUAUAUAUAUAUAUGUA